AUGGCUGACGAAGACUCUCAGAUGUCUGCAGCAGUUACUCCGACCCCUGCUGGAGCGACUUGCGAAUCAGAAGAUGUCAAGAUUCAGCUCUUGGCUUCCAUGGAGCAGGCCCUGCAUCACUUUGGUGGCCCGAGCCAGUACUUGACCAAGGUGCUGGAGACUAAAGAGUCUUACCAGGAUUUCAUGACUUGGUUGUGGGACGAAUUCCCAGAGGCAGAAGAUGCAGUCUUUAGCUACCAAGCAGCUUUGCCAAGUGUGACGGAAGAAGAGGUGUCGCAGAGCCUUCCAUUGAUAGUCCAUGUGAGUGCCUUGGGUUUCACCAAGGACUGCACCCUCAAGCCACCGUGUGGAUCAGAGUUGGCUUUGCGUAUGGCAGAGCUAUACCUAGUGGAAGGCUUUGUGACAGGCGACCAACCUCUAUAUGCUAUGCAGCAUCCUUCUGACGUGUGCCUGUUUGGUGAUGUUGCACCGCCAUGGUGCUAUGGCCGACCUGACAGGGUGCUGAAAGCCUUCAAUCUCAGUUACCUCAAAGGUUUUGGCCGAUCCACAACACUGCUGAUGCUCUUACACUGUGUGAGAGUUUCCGGUGUGAAAUUGGCUGAGAAGCUUCCACAUUUAUAUCGGUCAGUCCGGAAAAUUUACUUGCAUUGCGUUCAUCAAGUCUCCCGAGUGGAGGAAGCCCUCGCCAACAUGAAAAUAUCAGCGAGGCACUCGCUUCGGACGGCUCACAACACGGUGCAGUCAGUGUUUGUCAUCCGGAAUUUGAUGCGGGUCGGUGGAUUGCAGGACUGGUCAUUAUUUGUGCGGCAAUGGAACAGCAUGUCAUCAAAAGCCUUUCAGAUCACAGGGCGUCGGCAAAUGGCUCUGAAACUUCUGUUCGAGGUGGCACCGCAGGAUGUCCUCGACGCAAUUUUGCAGCAUGUCCAGACGGUUUCGUGGGAUCUCUGCACGUGGUCAGAUGAUUCUUUGGCAUCCAAGAAACUGUAUCCAAACUGGAACUUUCCGGCCAAAGGGCAGUGGCAGAGUCGGUUGAGGACAACCGAUAAGUCCAUGAGCCUGUGCAUCUCCCAUCUACAAAACACCCGGGUUCAGAAAUUGAAGGUUGCACAGCCAAAAAAGCCAGAUGUGGACCAGGUGGAAGCAGCUUCUAUGCGAGCAGCAGCUUGCUGGCAUUUGGGGCAGGAGCUACUGACAACCGUUCCUGUCUGUGCUGCAAAGUUGAAGGAAGCUUGGUAUGACAAUUUUGCCGAUGGAGAGGGCCCAGUGAAUGAUGAGCUUCAGGCGGUUUUGCUUGAUAAGCCGGUUUCUUUCAACAUUCGCACCGACAUCCCCACGCUGCAGCGCUUGGCUGAUGAACUGUCUUUUUCAAAGCCUGUCGGCGCCACACCGGAAGCCGAGUUGACCAUUGUUGUGGAUCGGUUCAACCUGCUUAUCAAGCAGCUCAACUAUGAUGUCACCGUGUGGCAAACUUGGCGCAGCAAGUGUGCAUCACUGAAGGUUGCGGCUGAAGCAGCCAAAUAUCAGUGGCGCUUGGACCGCAGGAAGCGGUGCCAAGAAGCAGCGAGGCAUUUCAUCAAAUCGAGCAUGGCCUUCAGUGUCUGGGAAAAGAAGAAGACCGAACUGGCCAUCGCAGAUGUGAUGAAUCUCAAGAAGGCUCUGGCAGCCCGCUCAGGUGCGAAGCUGGAAGACAUUUCGUACGUGCUGUGGCUCAAUGCAUCAGCGCCUUGUUUGAUUCCAUCAGCUGUGAUGGGCCAGCAGCUGGCGCUGAUGUCCUGGGCACUGUCGGACCAAAUGCGCAGUGUUGGUCUGAUGAUGGUGCCAAUUUUUUCACACCAGCGUGGAAAGUUGUGCAUCGAUGAGCGCGCCAUCCUCGAGAAGAUUUUCACAGCAGGAAACCAUAAUUGUGAUUGGAGCUACCACGUUCUGUUCAAGGAGAAAACGGACGCGCGUGACCUUCGACCCAUGGUGUACAGUGGCACGUUCAUCUUUGCAAGUCCUCUUGACUUGCAGCAGAACCCGUUCUUUGCAUCGCAGCUGCGCCGUGAGCAACGCACUGCUGACCUGAAGCAGCUUGCGCCGCGCGAUAUGCGCGAGGUCGAAGCCUUGGGCGAUGACAGCCUCCCUUCAAGCAUCGAUGAAAGAGACCGGAUCAGCAUUGCUUCCAAGCAUUGGCAGAUCGGGAGCACCGGCUGCCAAGCAAUCAUCGAUGCAGCCUUGACCGGGGCCCAGCCAGAACCAGGGCAGGUAAUUUUAGUCGACCUCUUCAUGAGGCAAGGGGACAUGGCUGAAGCGUUUUGUCGUUUGAAGUCUGGCCGCCCCAACGUCCAGUACCUGGGAUUUGCAGAAUCACAGGAAGAGAUCAAUUACGUCGAGGUGCAUUUGCAAGAUAUGCUUGCGGAGAUGUAUGAAGCAGGAGUUCCGACACCCACCGGUGCCAAGAUUGAGCAAGAGAUGGCAGCAGACCUGAUGGAGCCCAUGCCGCCACAUCCGAGGCUGAAUGUGCUGGUAAUGAAAGAUGAGCAGCUCUUUCUCCCUGUGGCCAUGGUCAGGGAGUGGCAGGACCAUGCCACUUGUGGACCUGAGUUCAAAGUCUGGAUGGAAACGUUCCUGUCCAAGCAUGGCAAGUUGAUAGACCCAGACGAAGAGAAGAAGAAGCAGGAAGAGGAAAGCAACAAACGUUCUGGCGAUAAUAGCUCAACUUCUGGCCCUUCACCGAAGAAGCCCCGCCUCGAAGCUGCAGAUGCAGUGGGCAAAGAAUAUUACGUCGUGGUUGCAGACAUCCAGCAGCCUCUCAUCCAAGAGGUCAAAUUGGAGAAAAACAUGCCCACAGUGCACCUGCGUGGUGGAGACACUGCUUUUUUGGUGAACAUGUCAGGCAAGGCAUGGACUGGAAGCCACCCUUGCAUUGCUCUGUUUGGCAAUGGAAGCUACAGGAUUUUGAAGGAAGGUCAGGAAGCCAAUGAGAAAUCCAUCGAACUCCAGUUUGCAUCGUCUGAGGACUUAGUGGUUCUCGGCGGCUCCAUGCAAAAGUUGGGUCAAGUCCUGAAGGACAUGAGAGAAAAGAAGCCUGAUUGUCGAAUUUGCUACUUUGACAUUGUCGAAGACCCCCAGUCCGUAGGUGCUUUCACGUUGAAGGCGACUCACAGGGUGAUUUUCCAGAAAAAAGAUGGAGAAGAAGGCCAGAUCGGCAAGCACAACCUUGGCAUGAAAUUGCCAUUCAGGUCCUCGCCUCUCCUCAAAGUUAUCUGGCAUGUCCGCUGGACCACGAAAGGUCUUACCCCCGUGAAGCCUGCUUGUCACGUGAUGGGCCAAGUGAACCUAGCCUCUGAAGAAGCGCUGAGUGGUGCAGAUAGGGGCUGCAAACUGCAGAUCAUUGGGCCAAAAACUGCCGCGCGCUGGCCUGCUGCUAGCCGGCUUCCGGUUAGCAAUGAUGAUGGCAACCAGACGUGCUGCUUCAGUAGCGAGGAAGAGGUCAUUGACAACCCGGAGGUAGCAACUGUUGCAGAUGAUGCUACAGUAGAGGACUCGAUGACCACAGUGGAAGUCCACCUCAACGACGACGGCAUCGACGACGACGUUGCCCGAGUCAAGGUCGACGAAAAGGACAAAUCCGAAGCAAUGAUGCCACCCGGGAGGCCGCUUUCUGGCCCAUCUGCUGCUGCUGCUGCAGUGAAAGCCGAGCCGCCCGAUGACAAAGAGGCCGAACCGGUCCCGGACAAAAGGCCUUCAGACAGGCUCUUAGAAAGGCUGGCAAAGGAAAAUAUGCAGCUGCGAUCUGCCCUUGAAACUCAGAAAGCGGAGACCCUCCGUGUCUCAUUGGCUAUGGCGCUGGGCCCCCACAUGAACCAGGCGGCUAACCUCCCGCCACCGCCGCCUCCGCCGCCAACUGCGGCGGGCGGGCCGGCUUCCUCCUCCGGCGGGACUUCCGCCGGACCAGCCGCCCCGACGGUGGCGCGGCCGAAAAGGCAGUCGGGAGCGUGGCCUUCCAAGAACGACAACGUUGCCAGGUAUAAGAGACAAGACGUGUCACCUGAAACCCGUAUCCGGCUGGACAUCAGGAAUGAGAAGAAGAGGCCCAGAGACCCAGCAGACCCAAGUACAGACAAGGCUGCCAAGGACAAUAAGUCUGAGAGGAAGCUGUCAGUCCUGAGCAGCGCUAUCCUGCUGCGUGAAAGUCUGAGUCUUGGACCCGUACUCAGCCAGGAGAUGGCUGUGCGGCUCACCCGAAAAGGUUUUUUGUUUUUCUUGGAAGCUGCCAAACCCCUGGGCGAUUCGUUCGUGGCGGAGUUGAAGGUGCUCCGGGACACCGCGCUUCGCUUCAAAGACCUAGAAGGAUGUGAGGGGAAAAAGCGGGCACUUCAGUCUUUCAUUGAUUGGAUGGAAACGGCUAGCACCUGCCUUUCUUCGCCUGAAGAGUCAUGGGAACAGAUUUUCAAAGACAACGAUGGAAGGCCGCGUCCGAAGGCACCACCUGCGACGUUUGUCCAAUGCCAAACGUCUUGCUGCAUUGAUGGCUGCUUUGCAGACCGUGUGCAUCAACACUAUGAGUGUGAGACUGGUGAUGGCCGUAUUUCUCUGAUGCCUGCUCUUUCUACAUUGUAUAAUGAUAUGGUGGCAGCGGUACAGGUUUUGGACUAUGAUGUGUUUCGCAACGAUGAUCAUGGCGUGGGCGCCCUUAGUCAGGACGUGAAAAUGGUCCUGAAAGAUGGCAUUGUGCUUUUGGAUGGGCACCGCCACGUCUUGCUGCAUAGAUGGCUGCUUCAAGACCACGUGUGUCAACACUAUGAGAUGCAGACUGAUGAUGGCAGUGAUGUCAGAAUGGCCCUGAAAGAUGGCAUUGUGCUCUUGGAUGGUGUGUCGGAUGAGCGAGACAUUGACGAGCCGGAUGCGGACGAGGAGAUUGUCUUCAAG